CUGAUAUCCAGAGCAGUGCCAGCUUCCUCGGCCCUGAAGCCAUGGCCCUAGGUCUCCUAUGGCUGGGCCUUGCCCUGCUGGGGGCCCUGCAGAUCCAGGCUCGGGACGCCACCCCAAACCUGAUCCCAGCCCCGCCUCUGCUCAGGGUUCCUCUGCAGCCUGACUUCCAGGAUGACCAGUUCCAGGGGAAAUGGUACGUCUUAGGAGUGGCAGGGAAUGCCUUUAAAAGAGAAGAACACAGCCAGUUGAAGAUGUACGCCACCACCUACAAGCUGAAGGAAGACGGCAGCUACAAUGUCACCUCCACCCUGCUACGGAACCAGCACUGUGACCACUGGAUCAGAACAUUCCUCCCAAGUUUCCAGCCAGGCCAAUUCAACCUGGGCAACAUUAAGCGUUACCCUGGAAUACAGAGCUACACAGUACGAGUGGUGGCCACAGACUACAACCAGGUCGCCACGGUGUUCUUCAAGAAAGUUUACAACAACCAGGAGUACUUCAAGAUCACCCUCUAUGGGAGGACCAAGGAGCUGACUCCUGAGCUGAAGGAGAACUUCAUCAGCUUUGCCAAAUCCCUGGGCCUCACCGAUGAGCACAUCGUCUUCACUAUCCCCAACGAUCAGUGCAUCGAUGAGUGAGUGAGCGUGUGGUGCCCUCUGGCUCUCACCUCCUCAUCCCCCUGUACCAACCUCUCCCAAGGGCACGACCCAGCUGUCCCCACCAACCUGGACACCACUGAGACAGCCAGGAGACCCUUCUCAUUGCACAGCCAGCUAGCUCCUCCCCAUGCUGCCCUGCUCACGGAACCCCUCUUAGUUUACUAAAUAAAUGCAUUUCCCCCAGUU